GUUGUGGGUUAGUCUUGCCUUAUUACUAUAUCGGGUUCGUGGAUUUGGAAACCUCGAACGAAGACAAGCGAUUAAGAAGCGGCCGUUCGUCGGGCGGCUGGUGGCCAUCGUUUCUCCCUCCUUGCCGUCGUUGAGAGGAAGAUGCGUCCGAGUUGAGGCGCGCGCGAUCUCCCUCAUCGCCGCUUCCCCAAACCCUAAGCCUCCUCCGAAACCAUGGCCUCCGGCCAGGAGUCCUCCGGAACCACGCUCAUGGAUCUCAUCACCUCCGAUCCGGCGACGGCGGCCUCUGCUGCCCCCAGCCCCGCCCCUGCGGCUGCCGCCUCCACGCUCGGAAAGCCGGUGACCACGGAUCGGAAGUCCAAGAGGGCCACCCUGACGCAGAUCCAGAACGAUACCAUCGCCGCUGCCAAGGCCCUCAAUCCCGUCAGGGCCAUCCCACAGCGGCAGAAGAAGAAGCCGGUCUCAUAUGCUCAGCUGGUGAGGAGUAUUCAUGAACUCGCCGCCACAUCCGAUCAGAAAAGCUCCCAGAAGCAGCUGGUGCAGCAUGUGUUCCCAAAACUUGCCGUGUACAACUCGGUUGAUCCUUCAGUUGCUCCAUCACUUCUCAUGCUUCACCAGCAAUGUGAAGACAGGAAUGUUCUACGAUAUGUUUACUACUACUUGGCCAGAAUUUUGUCUGACAGUGGUUCACAAGGUUUAAGUCCAGGUGGUGGAAUUCCUACACCGAACUGGGAUGCACUUGCUGAUAUUGAUGCUGUUGGAGGGGUCACACGAGCAGAUGUGAUACCUCGAAUAGUAAAUCAACUUACUGCUGAUGCCACAAAUGCUGAUCCUGAAUUCCAUUCACGAAGGCUUGCAGCUCUAAAGGCCCUUACUUCUACAUCGGCAAGCAGUUCUGAGAUUUUGGAGAAGUUGUAUGAAAUUGUGUUUGGCAUACUAGAAAAGGUUGGAGAUGCAAAACAAAAGCGUCGUAAAGGUUUAUUUGGAAAGCAAGGUGGUGAUAAGGAGUCAAAUACUCGUAGCAAUCUGCAAUAUGCUGCUCUUAGUGCUCUAAGAAGACUUCCUCUGGAUCCUGGAAAUCCAGCAUUCCUCCAUCGAGCCAUACAAGGGAUUUCAUUUGCUGAUCCAGUGGCCGUGAGGCAUGCCUUGGCGAUUAUUUCUGAUGUAGCUACAAGAGAUCCUUAUUCUGUUGCAAUGGCUCUUGAAAAACACAUCGAACAUGGAGGUGCUUUGCAUGACAUACUUCAUUUGCAUGAUGUUCUCGCACGGGUUUCCCUUGCUAGGUUGUGCCAUUCAUUAUCUAGAGCCCGUGCACUGGAUGAGAGGCCUGACAUAACGUCUCAGUUCAGUUCUCUUCUUUAUCAACUGCUUCUGGAUCCCAGUGACAGAGUUUGCUUUGAGGCAAUACUUUGUGUUUUGGGGAAGUUUGACAAUACAGAGAGAACUGAAGAGCGUGCUGCUGGAUGGAUUAGAUUAACCAGAGAAAUUCUUAAAUUGCCCGAGGCACCAUCUGUUACAAUAAAAGACACCGAUAACCCUACGGCAAAAGUAAAUACUGUGAAGCCUUCUUCUAAAGCAAAGCGUCCUCAGCCCCUUAUAAAACUUGUAAUGAGAAGAUUGGAGUCCUCUUUCCGAAGUUUCUCCCGCCCUGUGCUUCACGCUGCUGCAAGAGUUGUUCAAGAAAUGGGAAAAAGCAGGGCAGCUGCAUAUGCAUUGGGUCUGUAUGACGUUGAUGAGGGAAUUCAGCUUCAUGCAUAUUCUGAGAAUGCUGAGUCCCUUGACUCAGAGUUUAAUAGUGGCUCACAAUCUGAAGGAACACGUAAGACAGUACCUGUGUCAAAUGGCCCUGGUGGUAUGGAUACUAUUGCAGGUUUAUUGGCUUCCCUAUUGGAAGUAGUGCGCACAACUGUAGCAUGUGAAUGUGUUUAUGUUCGUGCAAUGGUAAUAAAGGCUUUAAUAUGGAUGCAAAACCCACACGAAUCACUUGAGGAACUGCAAUCUAUCAUUGCAUGCGAGUUGUCUGAUCCAGCUUGGCCUUCAGCUCUAUUGAAUGAUAUAUUGCUUACUUUGCAUGCUCGGUUUAAGGCAACUCCAGAUAUGGCAGUGACACUACUUGAGAUUGCAAGAAUAUUUGCCACCAAGGUCCCUGGGAAGAUCGAUGCUGAUGUGUUGCAACUGCUUUGGAAAACGUGCCUUGUUGGAGCUGGUCCAGAAGGGAAGCAUACAGCAUUGGAAGCAGUUACCAUUGUCCUUGAUCUACCACCUCCUCACCCCGGGUCCAUGUUGGGACUUACAUCCGUUGAUAGAGUCUCUGCAUCAGAUCCGAAGUCUGCUUUGGCUUUGCAGAGACUGGUGCAGGCUGCAGUGUGGUUUCUUGGUGAAAAUGCAAAUUAUGCUGCCUCUGAAUAUGCUUGGGAGUCAGCAACACCUCCCGGCACUGCACUUAUGAUGUUAGAUGCUGAUAAAAUGGUGGCUGCUGCAAGUUCUCGAAAUCCUACCCUUGCUGGAGCUCUGACACGGCUUCAGAGGUGUGCCUUUAGUGGAAGCUGGGAGGUUCGCAUCAUUGCUGCUCAAGCCUUGAUCACUAUUGCAAUUAGGUCAGGAGAGCCUUACAGACUACAGAUAUAUGAAUUCUUGCAUGCUUUAUCUCUAGGGGGUGUGCAAUCCCAGUUUUCAGAGUCACAAAUUAGUAAUGGGGAAGAUCAAGGCGCGAGUGGUACUGGUCUUGGAUCUUUAAUCAGUCCUAUGCUAAAGGUCCUUGAUGAGAUGUACAGGGCACAAGAUGAUCUAAUUAGAGAUAUGCGCAAUCAUGAUAACAACAAGCAAGAAUGGACAGACGAGGAGCUGAAGAAACUUUAUGAGACUCACGAGAAACUACUUAAUUUAGUUUCAUUGUUCUGCUAUGUUCCAAGAGCAAAGUAUCUUCCUCUAGGUCCUACCAGUGCCAAACUCAUUGAAAUCUACCGUAACCGGCAUAACAUUAGCACAUCAACUGGGCUGAAUGAUCCAGCUGUUGCUACGGGGAUUUCUGACCUGGUAUAUGGGAUUUCUGAACUGGUAUAUGAAUCUAAGGAAGCUGAAAAGGAAUCUGAUGCCAUUGAUCCUGAAUUGGCAAUGGCUUGGGCAGCAGGUUUAGAAGAUGGCCUAUGGGGAAAGAAUGCGCCUGCAAUGGAAAAAGUAAAUGAAUUUCUCGCCGGUGCUGGAACUGAUGCUCCUGAUGUUGAAGAGGAAGAGAACAUAACAUCUCGGCCAUCAGUUACUUAUGAUGAUUUAUGGGCUAAGUCUAUUCUAGAAACUUAUGAAGCAGAGGAAGAUGAUGCAAGGUCAUCGGGGACAUCAUCUCCUGAGUCAACUGGUUCUGUUGAAACUUCCAUAUCCUCCCAUUUUGGUGGUAUGAGCUAUCCAUCCUUGUUCAGUUCACGUCCAUCAGGUUAUGGAGUGUCACAGAAUUCGGAGAUCAGGUCAGGAAACAACGGUAGGAGGUUCAGCAACACAUCCACUGGUGGUCCGACAUUGGAGGGCAUAGGAUCCCCGGUCAGGGAAGAGCCACCAUCAUACUCCUCAUCUGUUCUUCAGAGGUUCGAGUCUUUCGAAAAUCCUCUAGCAGGCCGUGGGGCACAGAGUUUUGGCUCACAGGAUGAAGACACAGGUUCCCAGAAUCCACAGUUUGGGAAAGCACUGUAUGACUUCACUGCUGGUGGCGACGAUGAGCUGAGCUUAACAGCGGGAGAGGAGGUUGAGAUCGAUUAUGAGGUUGACGGUUGGUACUAUGUGAAGAAAAAGCGACCUGGAAGAGACGGGAGAAUGGCUGGAUUGGUUCCAGUUCUCUAUGUCAGUUCAUCUUGAUGAAGUGCGAUACAUUAAUUCAUGCACCAUGAGUGUUGUUGAAGAAAGUUUUCUGAGAUCCGGUUUGAUUUCCAUUAGUAGGCUGCAUCAGAAUAUCUACUUAUGCACUGCCAGACCCGGCCUGUGAGUCCUUCGACGAGCUUCACUAUUUUUUUUCCUUUUAUUCGAGCAACCGGUAUUCAGCGAUUUGUGUGUAGAUCAUGCUGGUAAAAUUGUUGGCUUGCUUUUGUAUUAGACCUGGCGUUAAUUAAAGUUCAUUUUAUAUUAUUCUUUUA